AUGAAGUGGAUAGAAAACUUAGCCAAGAAAGCAGACCCUCCUGCCGACUACAUAGGACAGUAUUUGGCAAACAGAAUAAUGCACACAAUGCUGCUCUUUGGUGCGAUUGUUUCUUUGGUUUCAGGCUACAUCUACAAAGACAUAUUCGUGGUGGCGUAUGUCUACUUGGCAAUUUGUCUUCUGAUGCUGGCCACGGUAGUCCCUGCAUGGCCCAUCUACAGAAGAAACCCUGUCUCUCCCGUCUACAAAAAAGCAAAACAUGAAUAG